AUCGAUAUGUAAUGGGAGCGGAUGGUGUGGAAUGGGUGCGCGGAAUCUUGCGGAAUAUAUAUAGUUAACUAUCAUUCGGCGGUUGAGUUUGGAGGGUAUAGAUCCGUUUGACACUUGGCUCAAUUCGCUGAUGAGUAAUUCUUGGUCCUGAAUGACGACGGAGGUAGAGGGCAGUGAAAGAAGUUGAGAGAGCCAGAGGCGAAGUGGUGUAUGGAUGGGGAGUUUUUUAUUUACGUCUGCAGAGGGAUCAAAUUUCUUCACCGCUUUCGCUUACAGAGGCAUUGUUCACCGAGGGGAGUGUCAUAGAUCCGUCUGAACUUCUCGGUUAGAGAGCCCUGGUGUCUGCUUGUGCGCUUAAGGGUUUCGAGUUGGAGAGGUACGAGAUUUAGAUCGGCUCGUCUCCUCAGAUUUUAUGGUUUUUAUGGUUUUCAUGUUUCAAUCCUGUCUUUUCGUUCGAUGAUAGCCGCCAUCUUGAUUUUCUUCGGCGGUCCUGGACUCCGCACGGGCGUUCCGGAGUAAUCCCUGGCAUGUCGAUGUUAGUCGGUUUGUUAAGAGAAUAAGAAUGCGAAGAAAUAAUUUGUCAUAAACAAUUGCUAGAGAGCUAUUUGAGUCCAGGAAACUCUGUCUGAGGAGGCUUUCGUGAUCAUAUCUGACUGUCGUAGGGUCUGAAACAGGACAUUUCUGUGCAAUUGAAGGGCGAAUUUUCGUCGUGACUGCCGUCUGGAUUGCUAACUGAUGUAGAUGUUAUUCAAAGUCACUCUUCUGCAAAUUUCAAAAUAACAUCUAAGCUCCUAUUGGAAAAAGAAGUUGGUCUUAGUACGUGUAUGGGGAUAUGUUGCGCAUUUAAAUGCAAGCACCAGCUCUAGAGUAGCGGCACAAUGACCCUAACGUCACAUGUGGAUACACUUCCGUAAGCCUGGUAGACACUUUCGAGUGUUGAGGGCGAGGAAGAUAUUGAAACCUAACUAUGGAAAAAUUUAGUAAGCGAAGUGGUAUCGAAAGAGGGAGUGAUAAUGUUGGUAGGCGGAUGUCGAGGUGAGCGUUUAAGACCUUAGAGACGAUGUCAGUAGGCGUUAAGAGCAGGAUUUGAAGAUGGUGGCAAUCGUCCUUAUCAUUGUCUCUCAAUUGCCGUAAAGUGGAGGUCAGUCUUUGUUCGCCUGAACAGCGCAGAGGUACUCUUGGUCGAAGUUGAUAUUUGCUUAAGAGCGUUUGACGUGUAAGCUUUUAGUUGUUCGUCUUUUCUCAAGGGCUGCUCGCAACCUAUGCACAUUACGUCGACUAACAUGUGCUAGUUGCAGUCGUCUGAUAUCGACAUGUAUGCAUGCAGAGCCUUAAGCCCGCUGGGUCACAUUAGGGCAGUUCACAGGUUCAACAUCUAUUCUUGACUGCAUCUCUGUUUGUGGUGUAGAACGCUAUGGGUGAUGUGCGGAACAUGUUUGAGAAGACGUUGGAAUGGUCGGAAAAGAGAGAUGGGUUGUAAUUCGCUGAAUAACUGCAAAUAUGAUAAAUCAUCCGGAGAGAAGGAUGAAUUGAACAUUACUUAGCUUUUUCUUAUUAGGUAUGUUCGUGCCAAUGUAUACUUCGAUGUCCAUCCAUCGAUUAGAAUUCCUGAGAGUUACGUGGUGAAACUGUGUUUUCAAUUUGGCAGUAUGCAGGUCAAAAGAUGGACGUUUUGGUUUGUGUGGUGAUUGUGGCAUUUUAUAUUCUGAUAAGAUUCGUCCCCAACAUUUCCAAGAAGGAGCUGAAGAAUACUGAGAUACUUUUGUACUUGCCUGAAGUUCAUCGAAGCACCUCGUCUUUUUUGAGUUAAUGAAGAUGUCUGAGAGUUCUACUGGGUAUUAUGGUUAUCCUCAGUACACGCUGGUGGGUGGUUCUCCGCGGGGCGCUCAGUCUGGAAAGAACUUCCUGUCGACAUGUCCUCUCACUCGUCUUCUGGUUAUUGCAAUAUCAGUCAUAACCAUUGGGGGAGCUGGUUACUUGAUUUGGCCUGCGGAACCCGGUAUAGAUGUGAGGCGUAUUAAGAUGGAUGGGAUCAGUAUUCAGUAUGAUGACUCGGAUAAAAGAUCGGUGUUACCUGCAAUACACCUGGAUGUAAACCUUAAGUUGGACCUCCUGAUCACCAAUCGAAAUUUUUUCGGUGCAAAUUACGAUAAAGUCGUAGCUCAUAUAAAGUACAGAGGAGAUGAGUUAGGGCAAGUUGAGUCAACAGGUGGAAAAAUUCCAGCCAGAAGCACCGUUAGCGCUGUAGCUGCGUUAGACUUGCAAGGAAAGGAACUUUUCCAGCAUGUGCCAGAACUUCUCGUUGAUGUCGCAAACAGGGAACUGCCGUUGGAUGUGGUCGCAGUGUUUUUUGGGGCGGUGGAGGUUUUGUUCUUCGACAAGUAUGAGGAAGUCACUGUGUCUUGCGAAAUGUUAAUCGACCCCAAGGACAAGGUCGUACUGAGUCAGCACUGUAACUUGGUGUAAGAUGGUACCUGGAUCAAAUUGCUCCAUACUGUCAAACCUGCUUCGACUUUCAGAGUUUGCAGGUGAUGCCUAGAUGCUCGAGGAGUUGCACAUAAAGGACGUACGUCCAUUUUAAAAGCUUAGUCAUUCAGAAUCCUGUAAAGAAUUUUUGAGCUCAAGAUUCUCUCACUAGAUCAGCCGUAGAUGCAUUACUGCAAUGGCUGUGGAUAGAACAUAAUAUUUUAACAGGCAGAACUUUACAAGCCUUCAUAUGGCUGUCACAUACAUCAUGCAUAGCUUGUAUAUAUAUAGAUUCAAAGACUGAAUGAAGAUGCUUGGAACUGGUAGACGGUGUAGAGGACUGGAGAGUCGUAGAGUUGGCGGAACACAAGUAAUAUUGUGAAGUUGUAGGGGACAUAUGUAACAAUUAUUUCAGAGGGUAAUUCUGUAGAGGAGUAAAUAGUGGUAAAUAUUGGAGAGCUCACUGAUAGUAGUAUAGAGAUAUUGCUAAUUUUUCAUUUGGGAGCCCAAACUCGUGUAUUGUUGCAGUCAAGGCUAAACUAAUACUGACGUAACUAUCACUCGUUAUCAUUUAAUGGACAUAAGAUGGUUUUGACC